GCAUGAAAGAGUUUCGCACGCGACCGACCAACAGUCAACAGCCAACAAGUAAGAAGUGCCAUCCAUCGGCGAUCCGGGACAGAAAUUCCAGCAAUUGUGGGGAAAGUGAUCGCGAGCGAGGGAGAAAUUCAGUUGAAAGAUGUUCGAACGCUGCAGUUUAUUGUUUGUGGCCGUGCUGAUGGCAUCGGCACUAUUGACCCAAGCCCAUUUCCCGGAAUACUGUGCGGAGUGUGAGCAGGAGGUGUGGGAACAGGUGCCGUGCAGCGAGGUGCCCACAACGGUGGCGCCCACAACGACUGGAGGCACUACUCCCGGGACACCGACCACCACCACCACGCCGGGACCCGUCUACCCAACCACCACCAGUGGCCCAAGCACGCCCACGGAUUACACCACCCAGCCGUCGGCGUACAAGAAGUGCUACUGCGAGUGCAAGCUGGGCUGCAAGGAGUUCUGCCGCAAGGUGGUCUCCUCCGAGUCCAAGCAGCCGCUCACCCAGAUCUCCUCCAUCGGGGAGUAUGCGCCUGGUGGUCAGGUGGAGUUCACACAUGUCCAUCAGCGCAAAUACUUUCCCAAGUAUGGAGGCGACUCCUAUGCGGGAUUGGUAGGACCUGUGGGCGGACCCAAGGCCUAUAAGCCCUAUCCACUGGUCUACGAACAGGCGGCUGCGGCAUCUGCUGCUUCACCGGCUUCCAUUCCCUCGGUGGCUUCCUCGCCAGCGGUGGCAAACAUAGCGGCUCCUAAUUACACGCUGGAAGAGCUGGCCCAACUGCUGAGCACCGCCUAUGGCAACAAGAAGGGUUAUCCGGCUAGUGUGCCGUCUCCACCACGUCCUCAGAUUCAGCUGCAGCCAGCUCCAUCCGUUUACUACUCCCCGGUUCCAAGCUACGAAAAGCAAGUGGUUCCACUCGUGAGCAAAGUGGCGCCAGCACCCAAAAUCGCCUCCAGCAUUAAGUAUGCCGCCUCAGCGGUUUCAUCAUCAUCGGGCGUGUCGGUGGCCAAGAUAAAGACUCCCUACGAGGAGAAGAUUGUGGUCGCCACCCCGUCGCCCAUUUAUGAGAGGUCCACAUCGUAUCCGAUUGUUGAAGCACCCAAGGAAUACCCGGCGCCCCAGACAGAAAUCUAUCCCGUUGUGCAGAGCCAAACGGAGUCGUAUCCCAGCCACACUCCCAUUUAUCCAAGUCCCACGGAAUCCUAUCCCAGCCAAAAGGACUCCCACCCCAGCAUCACAGAGUCAUAUCCCAGCCAAACUGAGUCCUAUCAACCCCGUACGGAGGCCUAUCCCGUACCUCAACCGGAGGUCAAGCCAUAUGGCGGUCCCGAUCCUGGAGCCGAUAAGCCAUCGUCCACCUUCGACCUGGCCAUCGAUAAUUACCUGAAGGACUUUGGAUAUGGCAACCAAGGAAGGGGCUAUGCGGACUACUGAAGUUCCAUCUGUUGUUUUUUAGCAUAAGUCUAGGCUAGAAUGUUUUCUAGGUAUCCCAUUAUUUAUUGAGUACUCCCCCUUUCCUGUUGACUAAAUGAUGAUUAAAUUAUUUUAAAAAAAUUUAAAAAUAUGAUUUACUUACUAGUGAAGUUGGUUAAGCAAAUUUGGAACAUGUUGCAUAUUUUUGGGCUAUGUGUGUGAAUACUCUUUACACAGUUAAAAAGUACCUCGAUUUGAAUUAAUCAAUUUCCUACCUUUAAUUUAAUUUGUUUUUAUAUACUUUGUUGUUGGCGAUAAUAUUGAAUAAGAAAUAGCACGCUUUUUGAAAGCUUGAUUUUUGGCCAAGCUCUAGAUAAACUAACCUCUAGAAAAAAUAACUUCCAGAAAACCCAAACCCAAAAUUAACAUCCAGAUAAACCAACCGGCAGGCAAAUUCAACCCCAGGUAAACAAAUCUCCCGAUUUGAUGACUCCCAAAAUUAUUCUCGGAUAAAAUAACCUACAAAUAAAUUAAUAACCAGUCAUAUUUAGGAAACAAGACAGUUUAUUACCUGUGAAAAACGCUCAUUAAUUAUUCGGCUUUGACGCAUUUUAUUAUUCGCAUUUAAAAAGUUUUCUUCAUUUGCGUUCAUGUUUGAUAUACCUUCUUGUUGUCGAUAACAUUGAAUAAGAUUCCAUCGCUUUUUGCCAGCUUAAUUCUUGGUUAUGCUUGCCAAUCUGAUAAGCAUAGAUAUAUACACAAAUUAGAAUCCUUAAUUUUUGUAUGCAAAUAUAUAUAGGUUUAUGCAAUAUGAAUGUUUUCAAACAGCGCUUAUAUAACCGUUGAUCAAGGCGAAUCAAAAUGGUUUUUGUUUUUCAAAUUGGUAUUUGUAUUUUCUCAAAUUUUAUGCACCAGCUCAAGUCUUUCAUUUGGUAAGGUUCUACAUUUGUGGAGCUUAUCAUUUGCAUUUUCACAAUGACACGAUCUAGAAAGAAUGUAGGAUUGGGAAAAUGCUAUAGGCACACACACACAAAAAUAGCCAAUGAAAGCAGAAAGUUAUAAAGUUAUAUGUAGUUCACUAUAAUUGCACUUGAUAGGAUAUAUUUAACAAAGUAACAACGGAGUAAUAAGAACAAUUUGCAGAGUACACUUGCAAAGAUGCGAAUGUGCGGUUUUAUUUCUUUUCAAUAAUGUUUGCAUAUAAAAUAACAAAUAAAAAAAUUAAAUCAUAAUAUUUAGAACAUAUUCGUACAUUUGUAAAUGAAGUGAAACUAAAAACGAUAAAUUGCAACACUUUGAAAUAAUGACAUCGUCCCAGCUAUGAAUUUAAACGUAAAUUAUCGAGAAGAAAAUAUAGUUAUAGUUAUACGAUAUUUUAAAAUGUAUAUAUACAGCUUCAUUCAUUAACAAUCUCGAUCCGUUGCUUUAAAGAAUAUUAUUUUCGGAUUCCAUAAAUCUCCUCAGACCUUCCCGAAUUCAAUUUCGUUUCGAAAAUGUUCAACUGGUAAACCAAAAAC